CAUUUAUUGCCGCGGCUAGCCCCCCCCCCCCCCCAAGCCCGCGACAACUCGGGAGGCGCUGGGCUUGGCUUUCCACGGUUAGUAUUCAACCUUGGACAAGAACCAAUUAAGCCAGCCAGCCAGCCAGCCAGACACCCCGCCCCUUUGAAACUCAAUUGGCUUGUUGUGUUGUCGUUGUGCCAUUCAUUUAAUCUUGCAUUGCUCUUGCUGGGUUCAACGAUAGCCUAAACCUGCCACACUCACAAACCAUUCCAAUCCCCAGAAAUCGCGUGUCUGUCAAUGGGCUGCCUCCGACUCACUCAAGGAGUGAUCGUCAUCGACCAACUUUACCUACAUGUCUACAUCAAAAGCUUUUGAAUCCUACUGCCGAAACCAGGUACCUCAGCUUCCUCAGGUGACUAAGGUUAACUCUUUUUGCUACCUUGCAUAGGUAACUAAUAACUGAGACCCGGUUCUUGGCGAAUUUUAGCCGUCACGCGAGCAUUUAAACGGCCUUGCAGUGUCUGCAGAAACAACAGUCGCUCGCUUCCAGCAUUGCGCAAUCGCAAAAUCCACCACACUAGCCGUUCAAAAGUUACCUUAAACGGUUCUUGCAAGUCUCCACCGGGCAAUAGGCGUUGCUCAGUUCUCUGUCUAAAUAUACACCUAAAAAGACCUAAAGAAAGACAGACAGACUCUAUAGGCAUUUAUUUGUAAAAGAAACAGAACCGGCGCAGACUGCAUGCCUCCAGCAUCAUGUGUCUUCCUCUCACAAUUCGCAAACACUCAACAUCUUGAAGAGCAAGCACGUUCUUAGACCGUCGUCGCAUACCAAGACUGGCGCCAUGCCACCACCAAAGGUGCCAAGACUAGGCAGUCUCGGCUCGAGACUGGCGAGGCCUUUCUAUACCUCGAUGCUCAUUUCGGCAUCACUCGCGGCGUACGCACUUCUCAGGACUCGUGCUGCGUCUCCAAAACAAUCGCCGCUCAUCCUUCGGCGGAAAGAGGAAAUCGACUGCCGCUUGGUUCAUCAGGCUGAGGACCAAUGUGCAUUCGUGCUCGCCAACUGCCAAGAUGAGGAAGCUGGUCUGCUGCCAUACCUGGCGCUCUAUUAUUGUAACCUUGGUGCCGCCCAACCCGUCGCAUUCGGUUUAUUGGCCGCAUGGCUAGCCUUGCUCUUUACGACCAUUGGCAUUGCUGCCUCGGACUUUUUCAGCAUCAACCUCUCGACUAUCGCUAGCAUUCUGGGUCUCAGUGAGAGUCUUGCCGGCGUUACCUUCUUGGCCUUUGGAAAUGGAUCUCCGGAUGUGUUUAGUACCUUCGCGGCCAUGGGCUCUAACAGCGGCAGCAUGGCUGUUGGUGAACUGAUAGGCGCGGCCGGCUUCAUCACGGCAGUUGUGGCAGGCUCCAUGGCCUUGGUUCGCGAGUUCAAGGUCGUCAAGAGGACUUUUGUGCGAGACAUCUGCUUCUUUAUCCUGGCUGCCAGCUUUGCCAUGGCGGUCCUGGCAGACGGCCACCUGCACUUCUGGGAGUGCAUUAUCAUGGUUGCCUUCUACAUAUUUUACGUCAUGGUCGUCGUGGGCUGGCACUGGUGGGUAACUCGUCGCAAGAGGCGGUGGCAAAAGGAGGCUGCGGCUCGAGGCCACUUCUAUGGGGCCAACACACAGCCAUCUGAUGAGCUUGAGCCGUACAGAGAUAAUGAAGAAGAAUGCGAAGGCUCGGCCACCACGGGCAGAGAGGGGCUUGCGGAAUCUGCACCUGACAUCAGCGCGCUGGAGCGAGCCCCUAGGAUCGAGGUUGAUGAUGUAGGAGCAGAACAAGACGACGAGGUUAACCUCGACAGAGACAUGUUUGUAGCUGCGGAAAUGACGAGCAGCAUGCGCAUCAACCGCCCUCGAGGUGGAAGGAGCCGAAGCUACACGACACUGGCUCAAAUUCGGCCCAGCUUUGUGGGCGCACUCGAGUUUCGUUCGGUAUUAGCCUCGCUUCAAAACUCGAGCAAUGUCCGUCUCGCUUCGAUGCAUUCCCGACGCCAAUCAGAAGCGCUGGUCAAUUCUCAAGGGGACCGCCCGACGUUAUCAGAAACCGAAUCCCACAAUGCGUUGGGCUCAACAUCAACUAAUGAUACCAGCGCUUCUGCAGGGCGUGAUCGUGCGAGGUCGCACGGGACCCUCCCGUCAGUCUGGACAUUCCCUGGCCCCUCAUCAGCGCCCCGGAUAGUCACCGAGUCUCCCUCAUCCCCCAUGAUGAGGCCCACUUCGAAAAAUUCCCUACCUCCCCCGAGUCGCUCGAGUACAACCAAAGACGGCAGGCUGGCUCCGCCUUCGGAAUGGCACGAGUUCUUCCCUCCUGGUACGAACGUGGCCGAGGGUACUCCCAGUAUACCUCCAGGCUCACCAAUGGCUCUACGGCUUCAGAUACCGGGUUCCCAGACUCACUCAAGUGGGCAAUCGUCCCCAUCUCUAUCGCCUUUUCCCGGCCUCUCGGAUUCACCGUUGCUGUUGACGCCAAUCUCGGGACUACCUAUUAAUCAAAGUAGUACCCCAGUCAUGGACAAUCCCGGCUAUUUUGGUGGUGACAUUCAAGAAGAGUGUGCCAAGCCGGUUAGGUGGUGGCCUUAUUCCGUGCUCCCUCCCCCGCAUGUAUUCCUGCGCACAUUGUUCCCAACCCUCCAGGGAUGGGCAACUAAAAGCAUAUGGGACAAGUUUGUCAGCGUUAUAUCAGCCCCGAGCAUUCUCUUGCUUGUCAUCACGCUACCUGUUGUUGAAACUGAGCGUCUGGAAGAGGAUCCAGAUCUAGCUGAUCCGCCCACUAUUGAGGACGAGAUCGGUCUUCCCACGGGUGGGCCAGUAUGCGCAGAGCCGGUUUCGUUGGGGGAUCGGCCGGAAACCGAAUGGCAGCGGUACCGUCGUAACACGCGCUCCCGGUCUAUAUCGCCAUAUUCUGCUCUGGCAACAACUCUAGGCAACCCUUUCGAAUCCACUUCACUGAACCCAAUGGCAACCACCAACCUCAUGCCACGCACGAACAGCGUGUCGCUGCAGCCAAACAAGCCUGGGGAGCAGACGCCACUACUUAUACAAGAUAACGAAGCUCAGGAAAUAGAAGAAGAGUCCGGUUGGAACAGGUGGCUCGUCGCCAUUCAAAUCUUCACAGGACCGCUUUUCACGGUCUUGAUAGUAUGGGCUAAUAUGGCAGACGAUCUGGAGCAGCCAACAAAGACACUGGUCAGAUUGGUACUAUACUCUCUCUUGGGAUCUUUGGUCCUCCUGGCUCUGUUGCUUUCGAGCACAUCGCCAAACGUGCGACCCCGCUACCACUUCCUUUUCUGCUUUCUUGGGUUCAUAAUAAGUGUGGCUUGGAUUUCGACUGUCGCUGGAGAGGUCGUGGGUGUUCUCAAGGCGUUUGGCGUCAUUCUUGGCAUCUCUGAGGCUAUCCUCGGGUUGACUAUAUUUGCGGUGGGCAACUCUUUGGGUGACCUAGUUGCAGAUAUAACCGUGGCGCGACUAGGUUACCCGGUGAUGGCACUAGCUGCUUGCUUUGGCGGGCCUAUGCUUAACAUCCUGCUCGGUAUCGGCAUCGGCGGCGCCUGGAUGACUACCAAGACGGCCAAUGAGCGACACCAUAAUCACCCCGACCAGCCGCUCAAAUACAAGUCCUACCACAUUCAGGUUGGCGGGACGUUGAUGAUAUCAGCCGUGACAUUGCUGUUCACCUUGGUCUUCUUGCUCAUCGUCGUUCCUCUCAACAAUUGGGUUAUGAGUCGCAAGAUUGGCUGGAGUUUGAUAAUAAUCUGGAGCGUCAGCACGAUUGUUAACCUGGUUUUCGAGGCGACGGGGACGUGGUCGGAAGUUGCAUAAUUUCGUACUGUGAGCGUUCUUUGUUUUCUUGUUUGUUGUUUGAUGUAGAAAUAUGGCAUGUAUGACUAUAACAAGUUGGAGCAACGGAAAUGAUACGAUACCACGACAACGGAAGGAGGGAAGCAAGUACAUUCACAAUCUGGCAACAAUUGACUGCUGAAGUACCUUGGCUACCUACCUACCUUACUUUACACCUAACUUGCCCCAUAGACUAACGCUAGCCACUGAAGAUAUAUAUAUAU